AUGGGGGACUUCAAUUCUGUUCUCUCUCCUUCAGAAGUAGCAGGUGGUUCUUCUUCUUGGCCUACAUGGCAAGAUGACCUUGGGAAUUGCAUGAUGACAGUAGGGUUGGUCGAUUUGAAGUUUGAUGGCUAUUUAUAUACAUGGUCUAAUAAGCAUGUAUCUGAUCCUACUCAAGGAACUAGAUCGUGUAUUAGUGAAUUCGAAGUGGGAGGAGGAAUUUGCGGGAUCGUUGCAGAGUUACCGCAUAGGAAGAUUCCAUUCCGCUUCUUUGAUUAUUGGAUAGAUCAUUCGGAUUUCUUUCCUUUGGUGGCUCAGGUUUGGGGUGAAACAGUAUUGGGAACCCCUAUGUUUUGCCUGUGUUCGAAGUUGAAGAAGUUAAAGCUUGCCUUGAAAAACUUUAAUAAGGAGCAUUUUUCAGAACUUCCUACGAGAGUUACUCAAACUCGGACUGAUAUAGAGCAUGUUCAGUGUUUGAUUCAGCAAUCGCCUUUGGAUUCGUCUCUACAUAGGGAGGAGGCUCGGUUACAAAAGGAACUUUAUGAGUUGAGCAGGGCUGAAGAAGGCUUUUUGAGACAAAAAGCUCGUGUUAAGUGGCUGAAUUUAGGAGACCAAAACACUUCUUUCUUCUUCAAGGCUAUGAAAAGUCACUGUGGGAAGAGUAAGGUGGUUUCUAUUUGUAAAGAUGAUGGUACUAGAGUGGAGGAGCCGCAUGAGCCUACUAGUGAGAGUCUAGAUAUGAACUUGCUCCGUAAAGCUCUUCCUAAAAGUAUCUCAGCACUGCAGAAUGAAAAUCUUGAUAGAGAUGUGUCAUUUGAGGAAAUUAAAGAGGUCUUGUUCUCGUUGAAAGAUAAUAAGGCUCCAGGGCCUGAUGGUUUUAAUGCAGGUUUCUUCAAGAGGACUUGGAAUAUUGUGGGAAAUGAUGUGCUAUGUGCCAUUAAGUCCUUCUUUGACUCGGGGAAGCUAUGA